UCCUGUGGCUUCUGGGCGCUGCUGCUGUUUGGUACUCGGAGAAGUUUGUUUGAUAUGCCCGAUUUUAAGAAAUAAUGAAAAGCACAAGUGUUUGGGAAGCUACGUUUGUAACCUGACCAUAUUUGCGACGAGUCCGAAGCGGUUUUUGAAGACAAGAAGUCGAGUUACUGGAAGAACCAGCUGUCUCUCGGCCCGCUUCUGGAGCAUUGAAUAUGGUUCUUCGCCUGAACUGAAGUCAAGCCACGUUUGGCAGUCAGCCUGCUCCAUUCACAGAAAAAGGAAAAAAAAAAAUGGCAGACAGUUUUUACAAGUUGGAAGAUGAAGCCUUCCCCAGUUUCCUCUGCAAGUCUCUCGACAGCACCAGUGCCCGUGCCUCGCUGGGGAAUGUGACAUUGGGUUCAGGCCCGGGGCUGCCAGUGGCUGCUUCUACAGUGGCUAAAAUUAGACCCGUGUCUGACAACAGAGGAGAUUCUGUUGAGGCAUCGUAUCUGGAGGGCAGAGAGCUGCAGCACGUCGGCUCACAAUCAUCUGUGGGAGACCAGCCCAAGUUUGCUCUUAGCUUCAAAGAUGACUUGGACAACGCAGACGACUUUAUCGCAGCCCAACACCUCUCGGACAUGUUGGUGAAGAUUAAUCUGGAUGAGAGUUCAUCCAGAAACCAAGGCUCCAUGCUGGGCCUUGUUCCCAUGCCGACGGGCUCGUUGUACGGCCGGCCCACAGAACUUGGAACCGAUCUGUCAUCGGGCCUUCUGACGUUUGCCCAAUUUGGAGCUAAAGACUGUACAGAUACAAGGGCUCAGGCCUCACCAGCUACAGAUUUCAAGGACCACGUGCAGAGUGAAGGAGUGGACAGUGACCAUUUCAGUGGCAGUAACUCAAGCUUCCUGGCAAAUGAGAAGCUUUUGUCUGUGGACAGUAUGAACAGCGAUAUCAGUGACGAUGACAUUGAUUUAAACAACCUGCCUGAUGAUGAGCUGGAGCUGUACUUCAAUAAGCUGGUCCCUUCUGCCAUGCAGAGAGGGAGAGUGGAGGGCCAGGAGAUUCCCGCAACAGGAGUGCUGGGUGCUGCUGAUGACUUAUCAAACCCAAGUUCUACCGAGCCAGAUCAUUAUAGGCACCAAUUCCUCGAUCACUAUGAUCAGGAGAACUUCCAGAUGCCUGAUGUGCGUCUAGCUGCUACAGGGAUGGACUCGUGUCCAGCCAGUGACGAGGACACGGAGGAUGAGCUGGAGUCUGCGCGAAGGAACAGUGUUCCUACUAGGACACGUCUGCUACCGAGCACAUCCAGACAGCUGGUUGGAGAGAGCAACCGUCCCAGUUUCAGGCCAGGUUUAGAAGGAGGGAGUUCUGAUGACGAGGCCUCCAGUGGCCGUGGUGGUCCGUCUCUUUCUGGAAUUGAACACAGACGAUCUGCUGAAGGACAAGUCAUCAACCCUCCUGUUACAGGGGAUGGAGGAGGUGGGGAUGGGAGCAGUGGCAGUGAGGAAAGCGGAAAUGAUGGGGGAGUUUCGACCAUCCCUUUUCCAGCCGCUAAUGUCCAGACCACAUAUGAUGCCUUGCGUGGGCUGGGAAUUGUGGGUAGCAGUGUUGGUGAAGAUGAGGAUGAUGAUCUGAGUAAUCUGCCUGGGCAUGGACGGGCCAACGUUCCCAGGCAUACAGAGAUGGGUGACCGCGUUGGUCCUGUUGGAACAGGAGAGGCCAGCUCCUCUGUGGGGACCUCGGGACCUCAGAGACUUUCUCCAGUCAACUGGAGCAUGGUGCUGGACCGACAGGAAGCACUGGAUGCCAUGGAGAGCACAGACUCUGGAACCACAGUUGAUCGAUUAUUGGACUCGGUCUACCUGAGGGGGGGAGCAGGACUGAGGAGGCCUCAGGAUUCAAUAAACCUAUCUGCCUCUUCCCUUCAAGGCACCCAGGGGAGCUUUCAUCUCUCCCAGGUGCUGCUCCCAGAUUGUUCUGAAAAGAGCGAUGAUGAUGAUGGAGUGGAUGAGCCCGAUGGUGCCAUGGCCUCCUUGGGCUUGAGGGGGGGGCCCUGUGGGGAUGUGACUGCUGCUGAGGCCUCAGACAGUACCAGCGAGGACGGCAACAAUCCCCUUUCUACUUCCCUGGAACCAAAGUAUUUCUCCCAGAGCUUUCGCCAGGAGCAAGAGGAUUCAGAUGAUGGUUGGAACCAUUGCCCCGACAACCUGGAGUUAGAGUUUCAGCAAGGUGCCAAUGCCACACAUAAUGUGGUGUACCAGAAUGAAGAAGGGAAGUGGGUGACAGACCUGGCAUAUUAUUCCUCCUUUGAGAAAGAGGUUGACGGGAAAAUUGCAGACAAUGUGGGCCAGUUUCAGACAGAGGACUUUGUUCCUGCCAGUAAUGCUAUGGAGAAGAUUGUCAAGGAUCAAGAGGAAUUUGAAAAGGAGCACCAAUUCAUGCAGGAGGAGCAGAUUGAACCCGCCGGCAGCAACGCCACCUUUCACAGUGACUCGUCUUGGAAGGCCCCCGCCAACAGCCACAUCCUGAUGAGGGCUUCCCAGGCCUCCUCUCAGUUCAUGCAGGGAGAUGAGAGCUACCUCCGACUUUCUUUAGGGCAGUUCUUUGGACAACGCUCUGAAGCUCUUGGCUGUUUGGGGCUCGAUGAUGCCGAUAUGAUCAAACGGCCGUCCUUUGGCUACGUCAUUACCUCUCCAGAGAAGAGGGAACCGUUUGCCCUGAUUCAUCCAUCAGAGCUGUUGUGUACAGACAACUCUGCUCACAAUGACACUACGGAGCUCAUUGACGCAGACAAAACACUCAAUGCAGAGGACUUGGACAAAACUCUUGAGGUUCCAGGUCAAAGGAUGUCACCAAAAGGGGACGCUGAUCCCGAAUCUUGUGAACAGGAGGACCAUGCUAGAAGAUCUGCAGUGCCUGACCAGACUGAUGGCUUGUGCUUGGACUCGAGCUUGGGAAACCAAAGCUUUGUGUCUCCCGAUGGUAACAAAAGUAAUCUGAUGCUUAGUAUUAGUACAAUAGCCUCAGCCAUUGCUGACGCCUCCAUCAGCACCGACCCAUCUCAGCUGGCUGCUAUGAUCAUGGAGUUGUCUAAGAGGAGUAGGGCACGGAAUCGACAAGAGUCCUCCAGACCCGCCGGAUCCACUGUGGAACCCACCUUAUCUGAACAUAUCCACCCUGAACUAGACCAAAGAUCCUUCUUAGACACGCUGCAGAGAAGUACCUGUGUAGGAGAGAUGAGUGCGUUUGACAUGGAGAAAUACCUGAAGACGAAUGAUUUGUCUGGCAGCACUGAUGCCUCGGUGGCACAUACUACCUUUGACUUGAGUGCUUGGGCUGACAGUCCCAGCAGGUCUCAGAGGAUCCCUCAGGCAGAAUAUCCUGACAAACGGGAGAACUUGGCUCAGCCGUUGGAUGGUGAGAGUACGAGUACCAAAUCUACGGAGAAAGUCGCAACAGAGACGCCACUAUCAAACAAAAGCUCAUCUGCUUUACCCAUGCCUAAUACUUUAUCGCCAGCCAACCGGACAGACUCAAAAAGAAGCUCUAUACCUCGUCCUCGUAUGUCUUUCAGCUCUGCUAGAAGGUCUGUGGGUUCAGGGCAGGCCUCUGCACUCAAGCCUUCUGUAGACAAAACGGCAUUACACAAUAACACGGCAGCUUCUUCAACCACAAUGAGUGGAUCUGUAGGAAAGACCCUCACAGAAAAUGGAGUCAAACCUGGAGAACUGAACUCACAAGCGUCCAAUAAGAAGCCUUCAGAAACCCCACAAAACACAGAUAAAAGCUCAUCCAGAACAUCUCCUGGCUGGAGGAAAGGACAGACAUCCCUCCCCUGCCUCAAAGGGUCCUCUCCCCCGACGCAGAGGCUGAGGAGUGCAGGUCAACUGCAGCAGGACAGACGCAGAGAUUCUCCAGAGAAGAAACCACCACCAGCUAAUGUCCCUGCUGCUCCACCACCUCAUUCCAACCCCACUGGUUUCGCUUGUCAAAGUGUCCAGCCUCUGCAAGAUCCUGCAUCUGACCUGCCGAAAGGUUUCUCUGAGCCAUGUGUGGAGGAGACGCAGUGUAACUUCAGACCAUCCACCUCCCCUCUUACUCACUCCUCUCCAAGUCAGACCUCUGUUCCCAGUGCUGAUGGUAUGCAUUCCCCUUCUUCGUCCAGCGGAGGUCUGGUAGACAGACGUCCGUGUCUCAACCUCUCACCUCAGUCCCCCUGCUCCAGUCCCAGCCUCAGCAGGCUCACGUACAUCUCGAUGAAUGAUGGCACUGUUGUACCCACACCUGAGAGGCCAAAGAACAACUGUACAAUGGCACUGAGCACCACCAUCAUCAGAUUCAGUCCAACCCCACCAGUGGAGCCAGAAGGAGACGCUAACCUGGAUGGUCCCGGGCUGCUCAAGAGCCUCGAUCAGGUUCCGCCACAGCAUUCGAAAAGCCUCGAUCCGCUACCAGCGCAGCAGUGUAAAAGCCCCGAUCCCUCGCGCAGCGGCUCUGCUUUGAGCUGCACCCGCAGCCAGAGCGAAUGUAACUACCACUGCCCCGUGGACAGAACCGGUGACAUGUUGGGAGUUUGCAGGAGCCACACGCAUCUCUCCGAAUCCAAUGUAAGGCAGCUCACUAAAGUGGACUCCGGUUAUUGCAGUAAUCAGAACAUUCAACAAACGAGCACCUCUGCAGCUCCUCAGAGCUCCCAGCAGCAGUGGGGUGCUGGGAGCUCGGCGCCGUCUGCGUACGCCAGCGGGCUCGGCAUGCCCCCGUCCUACUCGGAGGGACUUCAUUACGCGCCCAUCCCCAGCUUUAAGCCUCAGUGUCCUGGCAUUAUUCCCCACCAAGGAGACAUCCAGUCCCUCCUCGCUGGACGCUCUCUCUUUAAUCCCCAGCUGGCUCAGCAUUAUUUGGGACCUGAUGCUCCGUUACUUCCUGCUGCCUAUCAUGUGGGAGCAACAGGAAAUGGUCUCUACAGUAUGUCCUCUACAGGUUUACCAAACGGUGAUCUAACAGUGAGACACAUUCACCCCACGUCAGGUCCUCUGGGGAUUCCUGGGCCGACGGGGUCUCACCACCUUCCUAGACCCCAGAGCCAACAGGAAAUGGGGAUGACGGGCAAACCCUACAACCAGUACGGUGCAGAACCACUGGUGGCAGGUGGUCUUGAUGAACUGAGAGGACAAGUGGUGGUGCCAGAGGAGCUCCGGUUCCCUCAUGCCUGCUGUGUAGGCAUCGCCUCGCAGACCUCCCUCAGCCUCUUCAACCCCUCCGAGAGAUGGCAGCAAGUGUCAAUCACUGUCAUCAGCCUGGCCAUCGAUGGAGAGAAGGUGGACAGCUUGCCUUACCAGUGGCUUAUGGUGAAGAACAAGACUAUCAUUGGCCCCAAGAGUACCGAGGAGCAGAAGGUGUUGUUCAUCCCUCCACAGGCUGGUGUUUACCAGUGCAUCCUCAGUGUUUGUUCCUGGCCUGCCUCCACUGAGGCAGAGGUGGCUGCCAGAGCAAAUAUUUUUGCUAAAAGGGUUGUGCUUGUUGCCAUGGCAGAGAACCCUGCUCUAGAGAUUGAAGUAAGCAAAUCUGGUUGUAUGGAUUUUGGAGACCUACCAGGAGGCAGUGCCAGAUCUCUUCCUCUGAAACUGCUCAACCGUACUCAUGCCACCGUACCCAUUCGUCUGGUCAUCAGUGCAAAUGCCACAGCUUGGCGAUGCUUCACCUUUUCCAAGCACCCCGUUACCAUGACAUCUGAGGGAACGCAGCAGGCCGGACACAUGACCCCGGUGCCGUCUCCCUCGGUGAUGAAUCACGUGAUGCAUGCCAGCUACGGAGAGAAUUCAGAAAGCUUCAUGGUCUGGGUUCAUUUCAUGGCCCCUCAGAAGUAUACAAGUUCUUCAGGAGAACUUGGUCCAGCUGAUGAGUUCACUGCUCGGGUGGACAUUGAAGUGGACUCUCCAGGUCCGAGUCACGUGAUCAAGAGCAUCCCCCUCAGGGCCAGGUCUGGGACUGCAAGGGUCCAUGCUCCUAAAGAUCUCCAGACUGUCAGCCUGUCUGCUCCGCUGGGGAAAUCUUGUCAACAGACGUUGCCAUUAAAAAACGCAGGAAACAUUGACGUGCAGCUGAAACUCAAGAGCAGUGACGCCGAGGACAGUUUUUCUGUGACGCCUGAUGAGCUGUCCCUGAGAGUGGGAGAGGAAAAAGGCAUUGCGGUGUCUUUCAAAGCGCAGGGAAACAGGAAAUGUAGAGAAAGUCUCCUCACCAUCUUGGUGUUGCCGUCUGGCCCUCAGUACGAGGUGACGCUGAAAGGAGAAGUAAUCUCUGAAGGCUUAAGAAAACUGCCCUCCUCUGCUGCUGCUGCCUCUGCUGCUCCCGCCGUCUGUGGCUCUGGUCUGACCAAUGACGUCCCACCGAUCCUCUCGAAUAAACAGUUCGUAGCCUGGGGAGGAGUCACCCUGGGACGAGCUGUCCAGCAGAAGCUAGUUCUGAGGAACAACUCAACCAACACCACACAGCAGCUGCGCUUGCUUAUUCGUGGCCAAGACCAGGACUGUUUCCAGCUUCAGAGUAUGUUCAGUCCUGAAGAACGUCUGACACGACACGGAGAGCUUUCCAUUCGCCCCAGAGAAGAUGUGACCGUCCACUUGCUCUUCGCUCCCACACGGGUGGCCUGCAUGUUGGCCAAGCUGGAGAUCAAACAGUCUGGAGUCCGGCCUUCACAGCCAGGAGUCAAAUUCACUAUUCCCCUGUCUGGCUACGGUGGGACCAGCAACAUCAUCCUGGAGGACCAGAGGAAACAGUCGGACGGCUACGUGGCAACGCUGACCAACGUUGCUGUCGGUCACGUUAGUAAAGUGUGUCUGUGUGUGAGGAACACCGGCUCCAGAGCUGCUUUCAUCAAAGCCGUGGCCUUUUCUGAUGUGCAUACCCGAACAGUCAUGGACCCCUGUGUCAUCAGCAUCGCUCCUUCACAGUUCGUACUGAAGGAAAGGACUCAAGAGGUGAUCACGGUGCUAAUGAAGUCCACCCAUAGAGAGCAGAGCCUGUGUCACUCGGCCGGUUCCCUGCUCGCUACAGUCUGUCUCUUUUGUGGAGAUGAGGUCUCCAGGCAGCAGUACAGGAGGCUGCUUCAGAUCAAACCCGACGUUGUGCAGAAGGCCCUGUCUGAAAACAGUCUUCUGAAAAACGUGGACUUCAAUGAAAAGUUCCUGGGAGAAGAAAAUGUUACAGAGACCUUCGACUUGCCCCAGCGACCCAACGAGGCCCACAUCUUCUACAGCAACAUGAGCAAGGUGGUGGUGUCGUUGCUAGGAAGUACUAAGAGCACAGAUGGUGAGGAGGAGAGUGAGCGCACUGAGCUUCUGCUGCCCUCCGCUAGGCACAGCUCCGAGACAGACAGUGGACUGGCAAAUGGCAACGUGUCUCUGGAUGUGCUACCAGUGAAAGGUCCCCAGGGUCCAGCAUUGAGAGUCGGAGAGCCUUCCUUAAAGUCUUCAGAGACUUUACACAAACAGUCUGAGUCCUGGACGAUCCACCCAGAACAACUUGUCCUUGCAGCUCCCACCAUAAAUGGCGCAUCCCCCACCAGUCAGGUCCAGAUCCGAAACAACACAUCCAGAGAGCUGAGCUUUGAUUUGUCCUGGCCGGCUCACUGCCUCACCAUCACCCCACAGCAUGGGGUUAUUGAGCCUCAGUGCCACCUGCAGAUUUUGAUCAGCCCCAACCCCUCACUAGCAACCAAAUCCGCCCUUCUGCCCUGGAGUGGUCAGAUUUACGUCCAGUGCAACGGUCAACAGAAGUUUAUUAAGGUCCAGAUACGUCGGGACCUCGCUCUGGAUGUGUCUGCAGCCCCGACGGACACGUCUCUGUCAGCCUUGCCCCCUCAGGCCGCCACUCCUGUCCUGCCCGUGUCCAGGUUCACCACCAAGUCCUCGCUCACGCCCCAGACUUCUCAAGACCUGGUGGACAUCAGCAACAAGACCAUCAUCUUCCCCACCACUCCCUCGGGGGAGACAUCGGAGGCCCAGCUGGAGGUACAGAACGGGGAAGUGGAAGUGAGGUGGUACCUGUCAUCGUUUGCUCCUCCAUAUGUCAAGGGGGUUGAUAACACUGGAGACGUUUACCGGGCCACCUACACGGCUUUCAGAUGCUCCAGGGUUUCGGGAACCCUGGGAGCCCACGAGAAGAUCCAGGUGCCUUUUACCUUCCUGCCCCGGGACAGAGGGGACUAUGCUCAGUUCUGGGACUUGGAGUGCCACCCUGUCUCGGAGCCCCAGCAGAAAACCAGAAUCCGCUUCCAGCUCUGUGGCACCGGGGUGAAGUCUGGACCGGUAGAAGGACCACAGGAAGGAGACUGUUCUCUGGUGAAGACAGACACUACAGUCAAGACCAGGAAAAGAGCCGAUGCCUCAGCAGGGAAAACCAGCCACGAGGAGCCUGUGCGAAGGGGUGUGUAUUCACCGCAGGAUGUGUACACCUUCCCCUCCACACGGGCGGGUGAGUCCAGCACACUGAAGGUCAACAUCCGCAACAACUCAUCCGACACACAUGAGCUGAAAUUUGUAAACCCUAGGGAGCCCUUCCACAUCAAGCAUUCCAAAUAUUCCCUGAGAUCCCAGCACUACCUGAAGCUACCCGUCCAGUUCAAGCCCAGUUCUGCAGGCAGACACGCCGGCUUGCUGCUCAUCCAGUCAGAAACAAGUGGAAGCCUUGUUAUUCAGCUGACUGGUGAGGCAUUGCCUUGAAUUCACCAUGUGCCCUCCUACGCCACCACCACCACCACCACCUCCUCCUGCUGCCGCCGCCGCCGCCUGGCUUUGGGUGGAUGCUCUCCUCUCUUCUAUUCAUCAAGGGACAGAUGAGAGCAGCAGCAGCAGAGAAGAAAAGGCAAAAAAACGGCCGUGGAUCAAAUAAAAGCAACCGCUGAUUUAAAUCCCUUUUCUAGUCGUCAUAUUUGGAGACGGGGUCUGUAGCCGAUUAUGUGGAACCGACUGAGUCUCUGCAGCCAGCACAGACCCAUCUGCCUCUGAAUGAGACACAGGUGUCCUCAGCUGGCCCGUGAAAAAUUUGCUGCGCCUGUUUGUGCCUGAAGCUGAAUGAUUUGCGUCUGACCGGCUCACAAUUAGUCUGGCAUUUCAGAGCGCUAAUGAUUUUUGUCACUUGACUCUGGAUUUGGUAUUUCGCUUUAUCCCUGAGUCAUGUCACAAGGCAGGAUUUGUUGUUGCCACGGCUCCUGUCAGACAAUAGCGGUACCAGUUUAGAUACGUUGGGGAUUACUUGGAGUUGGUCACACAGGAAUGCCUUUGUCUUUUGUUUGGUAACAUGGCUGCGGGGCUUUUUCUUUUUUUGGAAAAGCCACAUUGUGCUGCCUUUUUUUUCUCUUUUUUUUUUUCCAUGUUACAUGAUAGAAAUCUGAAAAAGAAACCUUUUGUCUCAAACAAAAACACACAAAAAAAACCCCGAUCCAGUCAUUUCUCUUGAAUCCUGAUUGUGGAACGACCACGAGAUUUAAAGAUUCUGUUUACCCGGAGUCGCUUAAUUUUUCUUAAAACGAAUAUUCUAGCCCCGUCUACAUUUCGUGAGAUUUUUUCCCCCUAAUCUUCUGUACUAGAGUGGUUUCUAUGGAGAUGGCUCCUCAACAUGCAGAGCCCACCUGCGCAGUGGCCUUUGUGAGCGCCAUGUGUUGACUUCCAGCAACCUUCCAAGACUCGCUCCGAAAACGGUCCAGAUGUACUUAAUUUAGUCAUGAUCGGGGCAGCUCGCAGCAACAUUAGGAUGGUUAAUGAUUGUUAUUACAUGCUAAAAGAGUUUCCUCUGGUGGGGCUUUUGUUCGGCAGCUUGCCAGGCCUACUCAGUAUGGUUACCAUGGCAAAAACGUUGUUAAUCACUGUUCCAGUCACAGAAAAUUAGCUCCCUGUUUCUUCUUCUGGCUCUGAGGCAAAUGGCCAAAAUUGCUUGGGGGUUGGGGAGGUGUGGGAGGGAGGGAGGGGUGGUGGUGGUGGUGUUGGAGCUGGCAUUGCAUCGCAUUGGGGAAAUGUAUGUGAACUUCAUCAGGGAUGUGUCUGUUAACCUGUCGGAUGCCGCACAUUGUGACAACACUUUGAAAAACACUAGGGUUUAGCUUUUUUUUUUUUUUUGUUGUUGUUGUUUUGUUUUUGCUCAUGCAACAGGUUCUAAUAUGAAGGCAGCCUCAGUACGACCAUCCCUACACAUUUUGAUUCACAAUUUGCACAUGAUCUAAAUGUAUUAUGUAAUAUAUUUGUCCUCCGUACACGUUUUUAAAUAAAGUUUUGUGAUAAAUA